AUGGAGGCACGCAACUGUCGAGAGGUAUCGCUCUCUGCCAAAGCACAUGCAUUGGCCCACAUUGUAGUAGACGAAACUCUUCAUGACAUUUGCCGUGCAAUGGGAAGCAGAGGAGUCACAGGAGCACAGAGGUACUGCCUCGAGGCAAUCCUCUCCCUGCAGAGAGUCGAAACACCACCCCAAUUGCCUCUAGACGACGCCUGCACCGAUCAACUAGUCGGGAAAAUCGACUGCCCUCGUGGCGAGGUUGGAUUCGAUUGGUGA